CGCGACUUGGCAAGCUCAACAAGAAUUGUGGCCUCCUAUCCACUUACGGGUAUUGAUUGACCGCCGUCUCAUACGACCUUCGGAGGUUCAGCCCUUUAUCCUAGAGAUAUAUGUUACCCCAUGCAUCCUUUGCAAUUCGUUGCCCUUCACUUGUAAAUACCGCGCGUCCUACGUCCUCCCACCAACACCCCACGUACCAACCGAAACCUUUUUCGAGUUUAGUAGGCCGCGAUCUGGUCGAGGCGGCACCUUAACCUUCACCAUGGAGCCCGAUCUUUCGCACAGCAUUUCGCAUCACCCGCACGCCUUCAGAACACAAUCUCAGUCGGCAAGCUCGAUAUCGCUCCCGCAUACACAUUCCCAUCAUCGACACCCCCACCAUCACCAUAAUCAUCAGCAUCAGAUGGGCGGGUCUGAAGCAGCAGCCAGUAGUACCGGAUGUGAAGCUACGGAUGGAGACGACCACGGCGUAACCAGGCACCGCGACGUCGAAGUGGAGAGCCAGCGAACCGGUCGCCUCCCGCUCGUCAGCGCUGAGCACGAUCCCUACGGGCUAUCGCAGCGAUACAAGACCCCCUCGGAGCUAGCAGCCAUCAAGGCAAACACGUCUAGGAAGCGCGAUGCCGCUCGGUCCGACUCCGAUUCCGUGGGCGCUGCCAGCACGGGCAUGGGUGGGGCUUUAGGGUCCGGGCCUGGCUCCAAGGGACACGGACACGGGUCAAAGUGGAGACCGCCCAUGGGCCGCUCUGCUUUGCAAGCCCGCCGCGUCCGGGGUUUCUACGAGGCCCAGAACGAGACCAUCGAGCGCAUGCUCAAGAGCGUGGAAGAGCAUGUCGCCGAGGCGCGCCAGGAGCAGGGAGAUGAUCACCUGAAGUUCCAGAUUGCAGUCUGGGGCUCGCUGGUCGCCAACGUCAUUCUGACGGUGCUCCAACUCUACGCAGCCAUUUCUUCGGGCUCGCUUUCGCUCUUCACCACCAUGGCGGACGCCAUCUUCGACCCGCUCAGCAACGUGACUUUGAUCCUGACCAACCGGGCCGUGAAACGGGUUGACCCUGCUCGUUUCCCUUCGGGCAAGGCCCGGCUCGAGACGGUUGGCAACAUCACCUUCUGCUUUAUCAUGACGGCCGUCUCAGUCGUGCUCAUUGCUUUCAGCGCGCAGGACCUGGCGAAGCACGACAAGGAGGCGGGUACCAAGGAUUUUCAUCUGCCCUCGGUUAUCGCCGUGUGCGUCGCCUUCGCCACCAAGUUCUCGCUCUUUUUGUAUACCUGGUCGCUGAAAGACAAGUACAGCCAGGUGCGCAUCCUCUGGCAGGAUCAUCGCAACGACCUGCUCGUCAACGGCUUUGGUAUCCUCACCUCGGUCGGCGGCGCCAAGCUGGUGUGGUGGCUCGACCCGGCAGGCGCCAUUUUCUUGAGCGUGAUUAUCACGGCCAUCUGGCUGCGCACCGCCUUCACCGAGUUCUUGUUGUUGGUGGGCGUUACGGCUAGCGUCGAGAUCCAGCAACUGAUUACCUAUGUGUGCGUUACGCACUCGCCUUUGAUCAAGCAGAUCGAUACGGUGAGGGCAUACCACUCGGGCCCGAGGCUGAUUGCGGAGGUCGAUGUGGUCAUGGACCCGGAUGCAAGCCUAAUGGAGACGCAUGAUGUCGCGGAGGAGUUACAGAUAAAGCUGGAGAGCUUGCCGGAUGUGGAGAGGGCGUAUGUCCAUGUUGAUUACGAGACUACGCAUAAGCCGGAGCAUGCUUACAAAAAGGACUUGUAGGUGUUUGGUUUGUCUUGUGUAUGAAGGUGAGCUUGGGCACAGCUGUUUCUUGUUUUAGCAAUGAAGAGCGUGACGAUGCUCA